AUGACAACGGACAACAAUGCAGCUGAAUCGAUCGCAAAAAAACUCGCGCAGGAAGAAGAAUGGUUACUAAACUUCGAGAAAAACAUCGUCAAAAGUGGGCAGAUAAGGCAAGGAAUCGAGAAAGUUGUUGACAAGUUUGAUCAACGCUUGAGCUCUCUUGAGAAGAAUGUUCUCCCGAUGCACAUCUCGAACGGGAAAUUACAGAAGAAGCAACAUAAUAUUCAACGCCUCAUUAAUACCAUCGAUGCCACGCUUCAAUUCUAUGGGAAGACAAGCACCGUUGAAAAUGCAAUUAACAAUGGUAACCCAACCGUCGAUUUGGAUCCGUACCUAGAAAAUAUGGAGAGUCUUCAACAAGCUAUAAUAUUCUUCGAAACACACCCUAACUACAAAAGUCAAACAGAGAAUAUGAGGAUAACACUAGAUACCGGAUACACAAUGCUUGAAAAAGCUUACAAAACGCUUCUUCUCAAACAUAGUGUCAAUGUUGAUCCAACUCCGUUUGUGAAAAACGAGCUGACACCUCGAUUAAAUGAUGUCAAAAUUCUAACUGACGAAGAGUCCAUUAUCAAAAUCGGUGUCUGGCUUUUGAAGCAGCCUCGUGUACCACAUCAUUUCUUGGGAUACUAUUCGGAAAUCCGCGGUGCCCAGAUAUUAAAAAACAUCAAAAACAUCGCGGAAGCACAAAAGACAAUGCAGUUGGCCUCGCGAAGCAAAUUGUCAACUGUACGUAAACCAAUACAGCGUUCUGACAAAACGGAUAUAUUGGCUGAUGUAGAUUCUUGUCAUAUAAUGUGUUCAUCAUUGCUGAGUCUGUUAGAAUUAGAAGAAAAACUCAUGAUGAAAGCAAUUCCGGAUACAUCGAAAAGAGCACAAGUUUUUCGAGAGCUUGUUUCAAGACCAUUAAUAUAUGUAGUACUUCAAACACAAAAAGUUGUAAACGAAAAAGAUAUUGGAAUCGUUCCACUGCUGCCUCUGCUUCACCUUUUAUCACAAAACUCUGCAAGGUUUCAUAACUUAGCCACGAACAGCAUUGGUGAUGUCCAAUUCGACUCCCUCAUGCGACAAUUGCAAGUGAAAUGUUCAUCUUAUGUGAAUGAAGUGAUUGAGAACCUAAAUGAAGAUACUACAAAGUUCGUGCCUCCUGAUGGAAAUGUUCAUCCAACAACUGCAUCGACGCUCAACUUCCUUUCAAGUCUAACAGCUUAUCGUCUUACUGUAACACAGCAUGUUCUGGCAUUGACAGCUCCUCAGGGAACCAGCACGAAUCUUUUGUUACCAAAACUAUUCGCCCGGAUACUUUCUGCUCUUGGAAGUAUGCUCAAAAAAAAAGCAAAUCUGUAUGACGAUCCGACAUUAGCCACUGUAUUUUUGCUCAACAAUUAUAACUACAUCGCCAAAACACUAGCUGAUGAACAAGAUGGUCUCCUUCCAGCAAUUACGGAAAUGAACUCGAACAUUCUUUCAUUUUAUCAUGAAGAGAUUGCUACUUGUACUAAUGAAUAUCUGAAGAGCUGGAAUGGAAUCGCUUCGAUCCUUAAGUCUGUCGAUAGGAUUGGAGAAGACAAACAGAUGGCGAAACACAUAAUGAGUACAUUCGUUCGUGACUUCGAUCAAGUACUCGCCCAGCAAACGGACUAUUGCAUUUCCGAUCCAAAAAUUUCUGCCAACGUCCAAUCAGAAGUGAAGGCACGCAUCUGGAAAAACUACUCACUACUUUUGGACAUAUGCCAGCGACUUCAUGUGUUUCCGCAAGGCAUAAAAUAUACUGAAAACACUUUCGAAAUGGCAAUCAGAAAUCUAUUCUCAUCUGCUAGAAUAAAUUAA